GUCUCCUCGAGUCAGCCGCAGGGUGAUGCCCACACGGCAAGGACCUCGCGAUCGGAAGAUGACAAGGCCACAGAUGCCGACACGAGCAGCAGUAGUGCUGCCGAGGAUCGCGAAGCGGCUUUUCUGUUGGGUCCGUCAGAGUUCCCCAGCAAGUUGGUAUUCUCGGCAUCGAGGUUGCCCGGCAUGGGAUGGAACAGCUUUGAUACUCGCGUGGAGGGUUUCAGCUCUCAGAGGCAAGUUGCGCUCAGCGAUGUUCUGCGCCUGAAUCAGGGUGUGGAAGGGCAGCAGCUCUCGUUCGGCUCUGCUUUGCACAUGGGCGACGGGGUGGAUCCGCUUUGCCUUGUUUGUAGUUACCACAAGCCGCCGAGACGCUUCUGCACGAAAGGCGCUUUCUGCGACUUUUGCCAUCUACACAGUGGCCGAAGGAAGAAGAAACCAAAGGCUCAGGCUAGUCAAGCCUGGCCACCAGACGUGCCCGUGGCAUACGGUUUGCAGAGACCGCUGCAGCCGGGCAUCAGCACCACGCCAAUCCUUCGAGGCAUACAGCUCUGA